GCGGGAGAGUCGAGUGCGAGAGACCCCGGACCGAGCGCAGCCUUCGCCGCCGCCCGAGCCACCAUGACUCACUUCAACAAGGGCCCUUCCUACGGGCUCUCGGCCGAGGUCAAGAACAAGAUUGCAUCCAAGUAUGAUCAUCAGGCAGAAGAAGACCUUCGCAACUGGAUAGAAGAGGUGACAGGCAUGAGCAUCGGCACCAACUUCCAGCUGGGCUUAAAAGAUGGCAUCAUCCUCUGCGAACUUAUAAACAAACUACAGCCUGGCUCAGUAAAGAAGGUUAAUGAGUCUUCAUUAAACUGGCCUCAGUUGGAGAAUAUUGGCAACUUUAUUAAAGCUAUUCAGGCUUAUGGCAUGAAGCCACAUGACAUAUUUGAAGCGAAUGAUCUCUUUGAGAACGGAAACAUGACCCAGGUUCAGACUACACUGGUGGCUCUCGCUGGUCUGGCUAAAACAAAAGGAUUUCAUACAACCAUUGAUAUUGGAGUUAAGUAUGCAGAAAAACAAACAAGACGUUUUGAUGAAGGAAAAUUAAAAGCUGGCCAGAGUGUAAUUGGCCUGCAGAUGGGAACCAACAAAUGUGCCAGCCAAGCAGGGAUGACAGCCUAUGGGACCAGGCGGCAUCUUUAUGAUCCCAAGAUGCAAACUGACAAACCUUUUGACCAGACCACGAUUAGUCUGCAGAUGGGCACUAACAAAGGGGCCAGCCAGGCGGGGAUGUUGGCACCAGGGACCAGAAGAGACAUCUAUGAUCAGAAGCUAACAUUACAACCAGUGGACAACUCAACAAUUUCUCUACAGAUG